CGGCGCUCCAUCGAUUUGGCUGUGUUAUAUAUGGCAAACAUUUUACAUACAUUUCAUAGUCUAUAUUAUAGGCCAAUUUAAGAUUUUUGAUGAGAUCGUUAUGUGCAAGAGCCUAAUUCUUUCAUUCUUUCGUAACGUUAAACAGAACGCUUUUGUAAUGAGCGAGAGUAGGUCUGAAAUGUGAAUCCCCUUGGGAAUAGAGAGCGGGCAUUACUGCAGUAGACGACACAUCUAUUUUGGAAGGGAGGCUGCACCGAACAUGGAACGUCACCUACUUGUCAUCAUGUAGAACCACAGGAAAAAAAAAAAGAAAAAAAAUAGUGUAAUCAGGCCUCGGCGGGAGACAGGGGGAUAGGCUAUUUCACUAUCUUGGUGUGGAUUUACCUACGGUUGUUUCAAUUGGAUCAGAUGUACUCUCUACUAAGUCAAAGAAACAUUUUUCAGACUUUUGACAAACAAUUCUGUGAAGUUUAGUUUGCCCGGCAACUGGAAUACAAAAGGAUUUAGUGAUGGACCACAAUCUGUUUGGUGGCGUUCCCAGGUUCAUAACACGGCCCAAGGCGUUCUCCGUGUGUGUGGGCAAGGAUGCCUCCCUGAGCUGCACCAUCGCGGGCAGUCCUGUCCUAAUAGUCUCGUGGGAGAAGGACAAACUGCGACUCUCAGCAGGUGGCCGUUUCAAAACAGUGGAGGACGGUGAUGUCUACCGACUGACCAUCUAUGACCUGACAUUGGAAGACAGUGGGCAAUACAUGUGCCGCGCCAAAAACGAUGUGGGGGAAGCCUAUGCUGCCGUGACCCUUAAGGUGGGCCUGCCCGAGCAGCUGGUGAAUCGAGCUCCUGUGUUCAUGGUCAAGCCUGUGUCUGCACGUGUUGGCCUGGGAGGCGACGUGACCUUCUACUGCAGGGUGGCAGCUCACCCUGACCCAAACUUUGAGUGGGAGAAGGAUGGCCGUUAUAUCGGUUUGACAAACCGUAUCAAAAUGGCCUCUGACAGUGAUAGCAGCUCCUUGCGGAUCCAAAGUGUACGCAGCCUUGAUAGCGGUAGCUACACCUGUCGUGCCCAAAACACAGUGGGCAGGUCUCAUGCAGCGGCCACUCUCGUAGUGGACCUCCAGGAUGCCCAUCAAAAUGCCGACAAAAGCACCUCCCUUCUGUCACACCUCCAGAAACGUAAGGAGGACAUGAGAAAAGAUAUCUCCUUACUUCGAACCACAGAAAGCACUUCAUCCUCCCUCUCCUCUUCAUCUAGCUCUAAGAUCACUGAGGACCUCAGCACCCUCGGCUUUGGACUAGACAGUGAUCAACGCGUCUCCGCCUUUGCUCACAAGUUGCCAAAAGGUGUGUUUACUCGUACAUGUAUGGUGACUGAAGGGAAGCACGCAAAACUCAGCUGUUUUGUCACCGGUCAUCCCAAGCCACACAUCGUUUGGAGGAAGGAUGGUACAAACAUCGGUGAAGGCAGACGGCAUAUUAUGUACGAGGAUCAGGCAGAGAACUUCAUCCUCAAGAUUUUAUACUGCAAGCAGAAUGACAACGGCUUGUACACCUGCAAUGCCUCCAAUAUGGCUGGACAGACAUACAGCGCAGUGUUGGUGAUUGUUAAAGAACCCAAAAUCCCCUUCAAGAGGAAGCUGCAGGAUGUGCAGGUGCAGGAGAAGGCCACAGCAUUGCUGUCCUGCGAGGUGCCUGUGGCAGCCACUCAAGCCAACUGGUUCAUGGAAGAGACGCGCUUGGAGGACAGCAGCAAGUAUCACAUGGAGCAGCAGGGCACCCUGCGUCGACUCACCAUCCACAACGUCUCGACCAAUGAUGACGCCGUCUACAUCUGCGAGACGGCCGAGGGGAGCCGCACGGUUGCUGAGCUGACUGUCCUUGGUAACAUCACGAAGAAACUCCCACGCAGGACUGUUGUCCCUGUGAGUGAUACAGUAAUAUUCUGUGUUGAGCUCGAAAAGUCUUGUGAGGCCUCUUAUUGGACAAGAAAUGGCGUUAAGCUGCUUGAAGACACUCGCAUCAGUAUUGCACACAGUAUGCGACAGUACACCUUAACUAUACAUGAGUGCACCGCUGAAGACUCCGGAGAAGUAGCUUUUGUUGCAGGGGACUGCAAGACCUCAACUUAUUUCACUGUCACUGCACCAAGAAAGCACCCACCCGAUGCCCCCGUCGACGCUGUGGUACGGAACAAGACCGAUUCAUCCAUCACUCUGUGCUGGUCACCUCCAGACAGUGAUCGUCCGGUGCCCAUCAAAGGAUACACGAUCGAAAGGAAGAAAGUGGGAGCUCAGACCUGGUUGAAGUGUAACUCGACGAGCACAGUGCCCUACACACACUACCAGGUCACCAACAUCACAGAGGAGGGCAGCUACACGUUCCGCAUCUCUGCUGUGAAUGACUUUGGCCAGAGCUCCUGCCUGGAGGUUCCUGGAACAUUCUACCUUGAACCAACAGCGGACAUAACCAAAGGCCUAGUGUAUACCAGUGGCACGGCUGGGGGGGAGGUGUCCUUGACAGUGGAGCUGUCUGCUGUCGUCUCAGGCUCCUGGAAGAUAAACGACACGCUCCUGCGCAGUGGCUCUGAGUACCUCAUCACCCGCUCCAAGGCGGCUCACACACUUCUCAUCCGUAACGCCACUCUGGAUCUCAAUGGGGCUGAGGUCAAGUUUGUUGGUGGAGGCUCGGAGAGUGUUUGCACACUUACAGUGAAAGCUCCACCAGCCUCCUUCAGAAGAACGUCCACUGAGACAGAAGUCCUUGGCUUCAUAGCACACACGUCGGCAAAGCUGCAAACUGAAGUGUCAGAUCCAAACGUACAGGUCUUCUGGAUGAAGGAUGGCAAAGAGAUAAAGACCGGGAACAAGUAUGAGUGCCUGUCCAUAGACCGGAUGCGUGCUCUUGUGAUCCACAAAAUCACACAUGAAGACACCGGCGUAUAUGAGUGUGUUUGCGACGGAGAUCGAAUGUUCAUCCAGGUUGCUCUCAAAGACGAACCAGGCAAGUUUGUAAACAAGUCUAAGGGCUCGGGUGCUGUCAUGCGGCAGUCUGGUGAUGUGGAGCUCAGCUGCGAGGUGUCCACCGAGGACACGGCUGUGCGUUGGAAGAAACAUCAGACAGAGCUGAAGGAGGACCAGAGGACAUCCAUGGUUUCCCAAGGGACAAAGCGGAAGCUGAUCAUCAAGAAUGCCAAGCAGAGCGACGAGGGACCCUAUUCAUGCGAAACAGCAGAGGACAAGGUGACAUUCCAGGUCAAGAUUAAAGACAUAUUUACCAACAAGGAUUCUGUCCAAAAGGAGGUUAAAACUACCAUCUCUCAGAAAGCCACUCUGAGCUGUGAGGUGUCUGACUCAAAGACGGAAGUGAAAUGGUACAAAGAUGGCAAACUUCUGAGCUCCAGUAAAACCAUCCACAUGGAGAUGAAGGGCAAGACUCGUCAGUUGGUGUUGGACAGUGUGGAGAAGAAGGAUGCUGGGGAGUUCAUCUGUGAGGCUGGACAGGAAAAGAUGAUCUUUAAGAUUCAAGUAGCAGAAGUGCAAACAGACACCUUCACCAACAAGAGCACAACUCAGAGGGAAGUCAAAACUGCCAUAUCCGAGAAAACGACUCUAAGUUGUGAGGUGUCAGACUCUAAGACAGAGGUGAAAUGGUACAAGGAUGGUAAACUUCUGAGCUCCAGUAAAACCAUCCACGUGGAGACGAAGGGCAAGACUCGUCAGUUGGUGUUGGACAGUGUGGAGAAGAAGGAUGCUGGGGAGUACACCUGUGAGGUUGGGAAAGACAAGCAAGUGUUCAAGAUUCAUGUAGCAGAAACUGAAGUCUCAGCAUUUGCCAACAAGGAGUCUGUCCAAAAGGAGGUUAAAACUACCAUCUCUCAGAAAGCCACUCUGAGCUGUGAGGUUUCUGACUCAAACGAAGUGAAAUGGUACAAAGAUGGUAAACUUCUGAGCUCCAGUAAAACCAUCCACAUGGAGACGAAGGGCAAGACUCGUCAGUUGGUGUUGGACAGUGUGGAGAAGAAGGAUGCUGGGGAGUACACCUGUGAGGCUGGGAAAGAGAAACUGGUGUUCAAGAUUAAUGUAGCAGAAAUCCAAGAAGCUGGCUUUGCCAACAAGGAGUCUGUCCAAAAGGAGGUUAAAACUACCAUCUCUCAGAAAGCCACUCUGAGCUGUGAGGUUUCUGACUCAAACGAAGUGAAAUGGUACAAAGAUGGCAAACUUCUGAGCUCCAGUAAAACCAUCCACAUGGAGAUGAAGGGCAAGACUCGUCAGUUGGUGUUGGACAGUGUGGAGAAGAAGGACGCUGGAGAGUUCAUCUGUGAGGCUGGGAAAGAGAAACUGGUGUUCAAGAUUCACGUAGCAGAAAUCCAAGAAGCUGGCUUUGCCAACAAGGAGUCUGUCCAAAAGGAGGUUAAAACUACCAUCUCUCAGAAAGCCACUCUGAGCUGUGAGGUUUCUGACUCAAAGACGGAAGUGAAAUGGUACAAAGAUGGUAAACUUCUGAGCUCCAGUAAAACCAUCCACAUGGAGAUGAAGGGCAAGACUCGUCAGUUGGUGUUGGACAGUGUGGAGAAGAAGGAUGCUGGAGAGUUCAUCUGUGAGGCUGGGAAAGAGAAACUGGUGUUCAAGAUUCAUGUAGCAGAAAUCCAAGAAGCUGGCUUUGCCAACAAGGAGUCUGUCCAAAAGGAGGUUAAAACUACCAUCUCUCAGAAAGCCACUCUGAGCUGUGAGGUUUCUGACUCAAACGAAGUGAAAUGGUACAAAGAUGGUAAACUUCUGAGCUCCAGUAAAACCAUCCACAUGGAGAUGAAGGGCAAGACUCGUCAGUUGGUGUUGGACAGUGUGGAGAAGAAGGAUGCUGGAGAGUUCAUCUGCGAGGCUGGGAAAGAGAAACUGGUGUUCAAGAUUCAUGUAGCAGAAAUCAAAGAAGCUGGCUUUGCCAACAAGGAGUCUGUCCAAAAGGAGGUUAAAACUACCAUCUCUCAGAAAGCCACUCUGAGCUGUGAGGUGUCUGACUCUAAGACAGAAGUGAAAUGGUACAAAGAUGGCAAACUUCUGAGCUCCAGUAAAACCAUCCACAUGGAGAUGAAGGGCAAGACUCGUCAGUUGGUGUUGGACAGUGUGGAGAAGAAGGAUGCUGGGGAGUUCAUCUGUGAAGCUGGGAAAGAGAAACUGGUGUUCAAGAUUCACGUAGCAGAGGCUUCUGCCAAAUUCCAGAAGAAGUCUGUGACGAAAGAUGCAGUUGUGGUACAAGCAACAGAGAAAAUCAUUCUGUCCACUGAACUGAUGACAGAAAAUGCAAAUGUGAGAUGGUUGAGAGAUGGUGUGGAGCUGAAGGGUGGUUCAAAAUAUGACCUGAAGAAGGAAGGGCUUCAUUGCAUCCUGACAGUGAAAUCAACUGAGCUCAAAGACAGUGGGACAUACACUUGUCAAACAGCUGAUGACAAGAUAGACUUCAAAGUUCUUGUCAAAGAAGAACCUCUGAAGUUUACUGUGCCUUUGGAGUCUGUGGCUGUAGUGCUGGAGGACACGCUCACCCUGGUCUGCCAGCUAAACAGACCCAAAGGCGAUGUGGUCUGGCGGCACAGUGGGAUAGAGAUCAAGACUGGGGGAAGGUACAACAUCAGCGCCGAUGGGGUCAAACACAUCCUGACAGUGACUGCAGUUUCCCAGGAGGACGAGGGGGAGUACAGCUGUGAAAGCAAGGAUGAUAAGACAUCAGCCAAAGUCACCACAAAAGCUCCUCGCCUGGUCAGGUUUACUUCCAAAUUGAACAACAUUGUUGCAGUUGAAAACACAGAAGCCAUUUUCAAAUGUUCAAUUACCCCUGCUGAUGUCACAGUGAGAUGGCUUAGCAACGAUGUUCCUCUUUCCGCGGGGCCCAAGUAUAAGAUUGCCCAUGGAGGCACCAGUCAUUCUCUCACUAUUACGAAUGUUUGUCAAGGAGAUGCUGGCGAGAUUUCUGUUGAUGCAGAAGGAAAGUUCUCAAAAGCAACACUUCAGGUGCAACAGGUCCCAGUUACCUUUAAGAAGAAACUCCAGAACCUCACGGUGCAGGAGCAGGAUGAAGUGCGUCUGGAGGUGGAGUUGAGUCAGCCAUCGAAGGAAGUCAAAUGGAUGAAGAAUGGCGUUGUUCUCCAACCUGGAAGCAAUGUAGAGAUCAUUGUGGAAGGUGCCAAGCAAACCCUUCUGUUCAAGAAGGUGACUCAGGGAGAGCGAGGACACUACUCGUGUGAGACAUUGGAUGACAAGACCCAGGCCAAGCUCACAGUGGAAAUGAGAAAGAUUCAGGUGGUGAAGGGAUUUGCAAAGGAAACGAAGCUCACUGAGAAGGAAACCGUAACAUUGCAGGUUGAACUGAGCCAUGUUGAAAUAGAAGGCACCUGGAUGAAGGAUGGAAAGAAGUUCAAUGCAGGACCUAACUGUGUUAUGACCAGACUAGGCAACAUGCAUUCCCUGACCAUAUCUCACCUAACGACCGAGGAUGCCGGGAUGAUUGUGUUCCAAGCGGAAGGGGUCCAUGUUUCUGGCAAGCUGAUCGUCACAGAGCCUGUGGCUACAAUCUCCCAACCACUCAAAGACAUUAAAUGUCCCGAAAAGGAGAAGGUGAUGUUUGCGUGUGAAGUGUCCAGAGCUAAUGCAGAUGUGAAGUGGUUUAAGAAUGACAUGGAGCUGAAACCAGGGAAGACUAUGGCCAUUUCCUCCCAAGGUUGUAAACGUAGCCUCGUCAUCCACAAAUGUACUUACCAGGACCAGGGCGAGUACUUGUGCCGUACGGCUGAUGACAACACGGCAGCUACCCUGACUGUGCAUGCACGAGACAUCACAAUUGUGAAGCCCCUGGAGGACGUGGAGGUUAUGGAGAAAGAGAGUGCUAAGUUUGUCUGUGAGGUCUCUCACGAUGAGGUCGAAGGACAGUGGCUCAAAGGUGGCGUCCCAGUCAGAGCCGGGGACAGCGUCAAGAUUAGACAGGAAGGAAAGGCUUUUGUUCUUCUGUUCAAAUCGGUGACAAUAGAGGACACUUCAGAGAUUAAAUUCUCUGCUGAGAAGGCUUCAUCGACUGCCAAACUGCGGAUAAAAGAGCUGCCUGUCAAAUUCAUGAAGAAACUCAGAGACAAAAUUGCCAUGUAUAACCACCGGGGUCACCUAGAAUGUCAAGUUUCUCGCGCCAGUGCAGAAGUCACGUGGUACAAGAACAAUACAGAGCUCAAGGCCAACGAGAAGUAUGAGAUCUCCAGUGACGGUGUCUACCGGAAGCUUACCAUCAAUCAUGUAGACUCGGGUGAUGAAGACACCUACAUGUGUGAUGCCAUCGAUGACAAGACUUCCUGUCAGUUACUGGUGGAGGAGCAGGCCAUCAGCAUUGUGAAACAACUUUGCCCCGUGGAGGUGACGGAGCCUUUUGCUGCUGUGUUUGAGGUGGAAAUCAGUAUUGAAUCUGUGAAGCCACCCAAAUGGAUGCUCAGUGGGGUGGUGGUCCCGGAGAGCGCAGACGUUGAGAUGGAAACCGAAGGGGCCAUGCACCGCCUCACCUUCAAAAAGACCAAGGCCUCAAUGUCAGGCCCUCUGCAGUUCACUGUGGGAAAGAGCAAAUCUGUGACUCAGCUAAUUGUUAAAGAGCGCCCUCUAGAGGUGGUGGAACCCAUCACAGACAUGAAGGCCAAAGAAAAGAGCUCCACCACCCUCAGCUGCAGGUUCUCUGCUCCGCCCAAAGAGGUCAGCUGGCUCAAAGGUGGAACCCUCCUCGUGGUUUCACAGAAACAUGCCAUGAAGCAGGAGGCCGCCCAGGCACAGCUGAUCAUCAGUAACCUUGCCCAGGAGGACUCAGGGGAGUACCGUUGCCAAAGUGGAGCCUGUGAGAGUAAAGCUACCCUCACCGUGGAAGUUCGAGACAUCAAGUUCACCAAACACCUGGAGGAUGCCGAGGUGGAGGAGGAUGGGGAAGCCGUGUUCAGCUGUGAGCUUAAUUACGCAGAUGAGGACGUGAAAUGGCUUUUGAAUGACCAGCCAUUGUUCUCAAACGAAGUAAACACGAUUCAGCACGUGGGCAAGCUCCACACUCUCACACUGAAGAAUCUCCCACCUCAGGAUAGUGGAAUGAUCAAAGUUACUGUCCGAGACAAGAAGGAAUCAGCCUCCCUGAAGGUGAAAGAAAAAAGGGCUGUGUUUCUCAAGUCCUUGGAUGAUGUGGUUGGAGAGGAGAAUGCUAAGAUCACACUGAAGUGUGAGGCCUCAAAACCAAGGGUAUCCCCUAUCUGGAGGAAAGAUGGUACGGUCCUUGUUGCCAGCUCCAAGUAUGAGCUUUUGCAAACUGGCAAAGCCUUGGGUCUAACCAUUCAUGACCUCACCCAGGAGGAUGCUGGCGAAUAUAGCUGUGAUCUUGGCACAGACCUUGCAAAAUCCAAAGUGACUGUAAGAGACAUUACCAUUGGCAUCACUAAGCGCUUGAAGCCAGUUGAAGCUAAAGCAGGAGAGACAUGCAGCUUUGAAUGCAUCCUGUCUCGCGACAGCACAGAUGAAUACUCCUGGAGUGUCAAUGGCAAGCUUGUCAGUGCUGGCGGACGCUUUGAUACCAGCAAAAAGGGCCGCAAGUACACUCUGACCAUCAAAAAUGGGACGGGCAGUGACACUGGUGAAGUCAUCUUCACUAUCAAAGAUCUGGUCUCAAAAACAACUCUUUGUGUUGAAGGCACUGCUGCCAGUGUAUCCAGAGAACUCCAAGCCGUCUGCGCUGUGGCUGGAGAGGAUGCCGUGUUUCUUUGUGAAAUGUCUGAGGCCAACUCCGACAUCAAGUGGUCCAGGGAUGGGAAGGCCAUCCGGAAGAGUGACAAGUAUGACAUCAGCCAGGAAGAAAAGAUCAUGAAGCUCACUGUUCACAAUGUCACCAGCGAUGACUCGGGGGCAUACAGUUGUGAGAUCCUUGGUGGACCCUCAACAACAGCCAGCCUUGAAGUCAAGGCUUUACCUGUGACCUUCAUACAUGAACUUGAGAGCCAAGAGGCUGUAGAGGGGGGCAGUGUAACCCUACGCUGUGAGCUCUCCAAACCUGGAGGACCUGUGGAAUGGAGGAGAGGUCAACUAGUGCUCACAUCUGGAGAGAAAUACCAGAUGAAGCAGGCUGGAUCCACUGUGGAGCUCAAGAUCUCAGAUCUGAAGCCUGAAGACUCAGGAGCCUAUGUUUGUGAUUGUGGAGACAAUAAGUCUUCUGCCAGCAUCAAAGUAAACGCUUUACCUGUGACCUUCAUACAUGAACUUGAGAGCCAAGACGCUGUAGAGGGGGGCAGUGUAACCCUACGCUGUGAGCUCUCCAAACCUGGAGGACCUGUGGAAUGGAGGAGAGGUCAACUAGUGCUCACAUCUGGAGAGAAAUACCAGAUGAAGCAGGUUGGAUCCACUGUGGAGCUCAAGAUCUCAGAUCUGAAGCCUGAAGACUCUGGAGCCUAUGUUUGUGAUUGUGGAGACAAUAAGUCUUCUGCCAGCAUCAAAGUAAACGCUUUACCUGUGACCUUCAUACAUGAACUUGAGAGCCAAGAGGCUGUAGAGGGGGGCAGUGUAACCCUACGCUGUGAGCUCUCCAAACCUGGAGGACCUGUGGAAUGGAGGAGAGGAACUGAAGUGAUCGGGUCCGGACAGAAAUACCAAAUGAAGCAGGUUGGAUCCACUGUGGAGCUCAAGAUCUCAGAUCUGAAGCCUGAAGACUCUGGAGCCUAUGUUUGUGAUUGUGGAGACAAUAAGUCUUCUGCCAGCAUCAAAGUAAACGCUUUACCUGUGACCUUCAUACAUGAACUUGAGAGCCAAGAGGCUGUAGAGGGAGGCAGUGUCACUCUACGCUGUGAGCUCUCCAAACCUGGAGGACCUGUGGAAUGGAGGAGAGGUCAACUAGUGCUCACAUCUGGAGAGAAAUACCAGAUGAAGCAGGUCGGAUCCACUGUGGAGCUCAAGAUCUCAGAUCUGAAGCCUGAAGACUCUGGAGCUUAUGUUUGUGAUUGUGAAGACAAUAAGUCUUCUGCCAGCAUCAAAGUAAACGCUUUACCUGUGACCUUCAUACAUGAACUUGAGAGCCAAGAGGCUGUAGAGGGGGGCAGUGUCACCCUACGCUGUGAGCUCUCCAAACCUGGAGGACCUGUGGAAUGGAGGAGAGGUCAACUAGUGCUCACAUCUGGAGAGAAAUACCAGAUGAAGCAGGCUGGCGCCGCUGUUGAGCUCACCAUCCAUUCAGUGAAAUGUGAGGACACAGGGGACUACUGCUGCAGCGCAGGAGACAGCCAGAGUACAGCCUUCGUUAAAAUCACUGCACCCCCGGUGUUGUUUACGAAAGAGUUAGAAAAUCAAGAAGCUCUGGAGGGGAAGGAUGCCAGUCUGUGUUGCAAAACCUCCUGUCAAGAUGCCAAAGUCACCUGGAGGAAGGGUGUGGUGGUGCUGGAAGAGGGCCUGAAGUAUUCCAUGCCAAAGGAAGGCACCACUCGUACACUGGUGGUACACACGCUGACGGUGGAGGACAGCGGGGAAUACACUUGUGACACAGGAGACAAACAAAGCAAAGCUACAUUGAUGGUCAAAGAACGUGUGCUUAUCACUCGGGGCAUACACGAUAUUGCCCUCACUGUGGGCGAGGAUGCCCAUUUCCGUUGUGAAGUGUCCCAGGAGGGCGUGACUCAUGCUGAGUGGUGGUUGGGCUCCAACCACCUGCAGCACAAUGACCUGAAUCAGAUCAGGUGCCAGGCCCGAGAGCACCACCUAGUGCUCAGAAUGGUCACACCAGAAGAAUCAGGUGAUGUGGCCUUUGUGGUCGGUGAAGAGAAAAGUGUGGCGUCCCUUCUAGUGCAGCACAAACCCAAAGCCUGGAUCUUAGAAGGCCCUAGUGAUACGGCUGCCAAAGAGGGUGAGACAGUCACCCUGUCCUGCAUGAUAUCAGAAUUGAAAGCCAGUGUUAUCUGGAGAAGAGGCCAGGUGGUUAUUGAAGAAGGAGGCAGAUAUGAAGUUCACAGGGAUGGUGCCACCCACAAGCUCUACAUACAAAAAGUGGAAGUGGCUGAUUCUGGAUUAUACACCUGUGAUACAGGAGAUGAGCAGAGCACCAUCCAGCUUUCUGUCCGAGAAACUCCCGCCUAUUUCCAGAAAGAGCUGAAGAACCAGGAAGCAGUGGAGGGUGACAGUAUAACGCUGCGCUGUGAGCUCUCCAAGCCAGGGCUUACCGUCGAGUGGAGAAAAGGAGGCGUGGUCCUUCAGAGUGGGAAGAAGUACACCGUGAAGCAAGAUGGCCACACUCAGGAGCUCCUCAUACACGAUCUGGAUCCGGAGGACAAUGGUUUUUACACAUGUGAUGGUGGAGCCCAACUGACUACCGCCUCGGUCACAGUACAAGUGGUGGAGGAGCAGAUAGUUUCAGGUUUGCACAACACUGACGUCUUUGCGGGUGAGCGGGCUGUGUUUUCCUGCACGUUGUCUGGCCAGGCACCUGGCAAAGUUCAGUGGUGGCUGGAUGGUACUCGGCUGGAUCAUGGCCAGAAGCGCUUCUGUGAGAUUGGGCUUCUCCAAGGCCAUAUCUACACUCUCAGCUUUAAGAACCUCGCCCCCGAUGACUCAGGAACUGUCACAUUUAAAGCGGGCAGCCUGGUAUCUUCUGCAAAGCUCUUGGUUAAAGAUCCUUCCGUAGAGGUGGUCAGCGCCAUGGAGGAUCUGCAGGUGCCAGAAGGCCGCCCUGCAGAGUUCAUCUGUCAAUAUUCUCGGCCGGUCACAGCUGUCUGGAACAAAGAUGGCCGCCCACUGCAGGCUGAUGGGUGCAGGGUAAUAUUGGAACAGGAUUGGAACGUGGCGCACUUGUACAUUAGCUCAGUUCUCCCAGGAGACACGGGGACUUACUCCUGUGAUGCAGAGGGCACCUGUGUGGAGGCUCACCUGGAGGUGCAAGCUAAACCCAUUGACAUCGUCCAGGGUCUGGAGAAUGUGGAGGCCAUAGAUGGGGGCGAGGCUCUGUUUGAGUGUUCACUGUCCCGCCCUGAGAGCAAGAAUAUCUGCUGGCUGAUGAAUGGGAAGCCUGUGCUGGAGUCGUCCGGUGUGGAGAUUGUGUCAUUUGAAAAUGGCCGCCGCCACCUCCUCCUUCUGAAGGAACUGCGUGCUGGCGACAGCACUGUGACCCUCCAGGCUGGCUCCGCCUCCAGCACUGCCAUGCUGUCUGUCAAAGGUUGGCAGCUGAAAAUAAUGAGCGCUCUUGAAGACAGAGAGGCUGUGGUUGGGGAACAAGUGGAGUUUGCAUGUGUGUUGAAUGAGGCGGCGGCAGAAAGUGAGGUGUCCUGGUACGUUAACGGAGCAGAAGUCCAUUCAGAUGACAGCAGGGUCAUCAGUUCAGAUGGCUCCACUUACAGACUCACCCUGAAGGCGGUCCAUCCUCAGACAACUCAAGAGAUUACAUUCGGGGCACGAGAUGCCAUCUCUAUGGCUAAGCUCACUGUUAUUGGGCCUCCUGAUCCUCCUGAGGAUCCUGAGUUGGUUAGUAAGACCAGAGACUCCGUGACCCUGUCCUGGUUCACUCCUCUUCAUAACGGUGGCAGCUCCAUCCUGGGCUACAGAGUGGAGAUGCGUCAGGUAGACAGCGCCCUCUGGCUGCCAUGCCAAACGGAGCCUGUAUGCAACACAGAGUUCAUGGUAGGGAACCUCAUCCCUGGCAUGGGCUAUCGUUUCCGCGUAGCUGCCAUUAACCGUGCAGGAAUCGGAGAGCCAAUCCAACUGCCCCAGACUGUGCAGACUGAGCUACCAGUGGCUGUGACUGAAGAAGUGGCCUGCAUCAGCUCCCAACUCACAGAAGAGGUUAAAGAGACCUCCAAGAGUGUAGCAGAGGUCUCAGUGGCUGUGACUGAACAAGUGUCGUCUAUCAGCUCCCAACUCACUAAAGAGGUUAAAGAGACCUCCAAGAGCAUAGAAGAGGUCUCAGUGGCUGUGACUGAACAAGUGUCCUCUAUCAGCUCCCAACUCACAGAAGAGGUUAAAGAGACCUCCAAGAGUGUAGCAGAGGUCUCAGUGGCUGUGACUGAACAGCUGACCUCUAUCAGCUCCCAACUCACUAAAGAGGUUAAAGAGACCUCCAAAAGCAAAGAAGAGGUCUCAGUGGCUGUGACUGAACAGGUGGCCUCUAUCAGCUCCCAACUCACUAAAGAGGUUAAAGAGACCUCCAAGAGCAUAGCAGAUGGCACAGAGGUUUCAGAGGUUGCAGAGGCGGGCGAGGGCACCCAGCCCAGCCUGCCUCCCGAGGCGGCCUCUGAGGGCGACCUGCAUGCUCUCUGGGACGCCGUGGCCAAGAGGCGGCGCAUGAGCCGUGAGCCCACCCUAGAUUCCAUCCCUGAGGAGGACGGCAAAGGGAGGCGCAAAGAGGAGGAUGUGACCAAAGACCACGACGACGACUCUCUGGUGGCCUACCUCAAAAACACUAGCUCAUCUACUAGCUCUCUUCAAACUGAGACCAUCUCCUCUGAGACAGCCUGUGAACAUGUCCAGACAUCGGCAGAGACCGCCACCAUGGACAUCUGCAAUGAAGAUGAACCUGAGCUGCUUGAGGCCGCCAUCAAAAUCCAGGCUGCUUUCAAGGGAUUCAAGGCUCGUAAGGACAUGCGGCCAAUCUUCACAGAGGUCUUCAAGGAGCAGACCAACGAGCCAAACAGCACCAUCCAUUUAGAGUGUGUUACUGAUGGCAAACCAGACCAGGUUAGAUGGCUUAAGGACAAUGACCCGCUUGUUGAUGGCAAGCACCAUCACAUUGACAUUUAUAAUGAUGGCACCUGUUCGCUUGUGGUCACUGCUAUCACCACGAAAGACACAGGUGUAUAUACCUGUGAGGUCACAAACAAGUUUGGGGUGGCCACACACAGUGCCAAGGUGACGGUUGGUUCUCUCCGAGAGUCAUCAGGUCGCCGGCCGCUGACACUCACCUAUGGCUAUAGCGCUGAUAGUGAGCCAGAGAGCUCCUCAGGAAGUGAGAUGGAUGAGUCUCUACGGCAGGCCAGCAAACGUCUGAGGCGGCUCCUGCGCACACGCCUCCCUCCAGACGUGGACGAGGAGUCGUUUGUAAGCGCCGACGAGGGUGAGCUGCAGGCACCCGACCCUCACUCGUACCGCGAGGAUGACCGCUAUAUUUACAUCCGCUUCGACACCCGCGCUGAAGCAGAGGUGGCAUCGCAACGUUUCCAGGAUAUGUUCACAGCACAAGGUGUUCCAGUGGAAACAACUAUUUUGGAGGCAAAAGCACCACACAAGGUGGAGCUGCGCAUCAUGAAGAUGGGCUACACUCAAGACGGAUCUCAGACACCGACCCAGGAUCGCCAGCUACCUGCAUUCAUGACAGGAGCCCCUGCGGCUCCAGUUUUCCUGACUGAGCUCCAUAGCCAGGACGUGCCAGACGGGUACCCUGUGAGUUUCGACUGUGUGGUGAUCGGUAAACCACCACCCACGGUUCGCUGGUUCAAGGAUGGGAAGGUACUGGAGGAGAAUGAUCACUAUAUGAUAAACGAAGACCAAGAAGGUUGCCACCAGCUCAUCAUCACUGCAGUGUUGCCCUCUGACAUGGGUGCAUACCGCUGUAUGGCAGAAAACGACAGUGGCAUGGCCUCUACAAAGGCUGAACUUAGGGUGGAAAUGUCUUGUAGCUCUGACUAUGACACAGCAGCUGAUGCCACGGAAACGUCCUCGUACGUCAGCGCCCAGGGUUAUGUUUCAGUGGAAACGGAGGCUUUUGAGUCGGUUGCUGAGGACGAGCAGCUUCCACAGGUUCUGGAUGAGUUACAUGAUGUCCAUGUCAGCCCUGGUGCACCCGUAGCCAAAAUGCAGGUCAAGGUCAAAGGGUUCCCUAGGCCGAGACUUUACUGGUUUAAAGAUGGAUGCCCACUGCGGCCCUCUGACAGAAUCCUUCUGUCCGCUAAAAGAGAUGUGCACAGUCUGGAGGUCCUUAAGGUGGUGCGCGAGGACACGGGGGAGUACUCUGCUUACAUCAGCAACUCAGCAGGCUCCGCCUAUUCGUCCGCCCGGAUGAUUGUUACGGGACCUGGAGAAUGUAUACCAGAGGAUAAAAGAGCCAAAGAUUCCAAAGAGCCGCUCCAGCCGCCACGGUUCCUGGAGAGGUUCAACAGCAAGAGUGUGAGGCAGGGUGCCAGCAUCACGCUGUCCGUCAGAGUAGAAGGCUCCCCCUCGCCCAUGGUGUCCUGGCUGAAAGAGGAGUCUGCAGACGAUGUGCUGUGGAUCAAGGCCGACACUAAGGGCUACAAGGUGGCCAGCUCCGCCUCGCAGCAUAGCCUGAUCCUAAUAGAUGUAGGAAGAGAGUACAGUGGAACCUACACCUGCAUUGCCACCAACAGGGCUGGCCAAUCACUCUGUACCGCCCACCUCGAGGUGGAGGAAGGGUCAUCAGGGAACAAGGAUACAAUCACACCAGAGUCACUUGGCAUCACUAUCAGUCCACCGGCAGAGGAGGCAAACAAAGCUGGGGGGAGUAAAUAUGCCUAUCUUGGUGAAGUGGGCACGGAGGAGUUCCUCCAGAAACUGACCAGUCAGAUUACAGAGAUGGUUUCUGCUAAAAUGACUCAAGCUUCACUCCGUGUCCCAGGAGCUGACAGUGAUGAUGAGACGAAGACCCCUUCUCCUUCACCCCAUCACGGUCGAUCACGCCCACCCUCACUCAUCGUGGAUUCCUCUUCUGAGUCAGACGAGGGUGAUGCUCGUGGAGAGAUGUUUGACAUUUAUGUGGCCACUGCUGAUUACAACCCCACCUGCGCUAACAAAGAGACGAUAGCACUGAAGGAGGGACAGUAUGUGGAGGUCCUGGACUCCGCCCACCCCCUGAAAUGGCUGGUGCGCACCAAACCCACCAAGAACACACCAUCCCGCCAGGGCUGGGUUUCACCUGCUUACUUAGAUAAGCGGCUGAAGCUGUCCACAGAGACAGGGGACCCGUCGGAGGGAACUGGAGAGGAGGUGUCAGAAGGGGAGUACAAGAGGAAGCUCUGUCAGCUGGUCCAGGAGAUGAUUAACAGUGAGAAAGAGUAUGUGAAGGAUGUGGAGUUCGUCUCAUCCCACCAUCUGAAGCAAAUGGAGAGGGAGGACGUCCCGCCGGAAACUGCAAGCCAGAAGGAAGCCAUAUUCAGAAACAUUGAUGACAUCAAAGCCUUUCAUAGCAGCUCUGUUCUUCCUGGCCUUAAUGAGUGCGAUACAGAUGACGAUGUAGCUAUGCACCUCCUGAGAAAUACUGAAGGAUUUGAGAAAUAUCUACAAUACUUUGUGGGUCAGUCCCAAGCCGAAGCGGCCAUCAGUGAGAAGGCCGUUCACCAGUAUUUCAAAAAAUACAGUGACAGUGAGCUUGCCCACAUCGAUCCCUCCGAAGGUCCUAUUCUGAGUAUAAAUGGAUACAUUCAAAGACCAGUGGAGAGAAUUCAGAAAUACAAGACCUUACUCAAGGAGUUGAUCCGGAACAAGGCACGAAACGGACAGAACUGUUGCCUGCUGGAGGAGGCUUAUGCCAUGGUGUCCUCCUUGCAUCAGCGGUCUGAGAACACUCACCAUGUGUCCCUCAUAGAAAACUACCCUGCAACCUUGGAGGCCCUGGGCGAGCCCAUUCGACAGGGACCAUUCACGGUCUGGGAAGGAGCCCCUGGCGUCAGGACAUCAGCCAGAGGCCAUCACCGCCACGCCUUCCUCUUCAAAAACUACGUUGUUAUUUGCAAACAAAAACGAGACACCAAUGCAGACACGCAGGCUUACAUCUUUAAGAACAUGAUGAAGCUCAACAAUAUUGACGUAAAUGAGAGCGUGGAAGGUGAUGAAAGAGCCUUCGAGAUUUGGCAUGAGCGGGAGGACUCUGUGAGGAAGUACACUCUGCAAGCACGUACUGUCAUCAUUAAGAACUCUUGGCUGCGGGACCUCCGUGACCUGCAGCAGCGCUACAGUCUACCAGCCUGGAGUCCGCCAGAUUUUGUUGAGAUUUUGGCAGAUUGCACAGCAGAGCUUGGACAGACCGUUAAAUUGGCUUGCAAAGUCAGAGGCAUCCCCAAGCCCACGGUGGUGUGGUAUAAGGAUGGCCGUGCAGUAGAGGCAGACCCUCAUCACAUCAUCAUAGAGGAUCUUGAUGGCUCGUGCACUCUGAUCCUGGACAACAUGACCGCAGAUGACUCAGGCCAGUAUAUGUGCUUUGCUACCAGCUCUGCAGGCAACGCCAGCACGUUGGGAAAGAUCACUGUGCAGGUUCCACCCCGCUUUGUCAACAAGAUUCGAAAUGCCACUCUAAUCGCUGGUGAGGACGCUCAGUUCACGGGCAUCAUUCAAAGUGCUCCAAGUCCUAAGAUCAGAUGGUUCAAAGAGGGGCGCCUGUUAACCGAUCAAGAAAGGUACCAGACGUACAGUGAAACCCGCAGUGGUGUCCUAGUCCUCAUCAUUAAAAACCCUGGGGAGAAGGACCUUGGACGCUAUGAAUGUGAGCUGUCUAACCGUCUUGGCAAUGCCAGAUGUGGGGCUGAAUUGUGCCAUGCAGUUGUAGCCAAGGCCAGCGACCGCAGAGGGGAGCAAGCCAUUACAAUUGAAGUCACUGAACAAGAGACCAAAGCACCAAAGAAAACCAUUAUCAUAGAGGAGACCAUCACCACUGUGGUCAAAAACACCCGACUGAAGCGUCACAUGUCCCCCCGCCGCACCUCGGCCAUGGGCGUGUUCCGCUCGGAGACCUCCACCCCUGAGUCUCCCAGGCAGAGACGCCCGACGCCCAGGAAAGCCAUUCCAACACUCUACGUCACGGAGCCAGACGGGGCCGCGGGGAAGAACCCCAAAUGGGUAGAAGUGGAGGAGAUCAUUGAAUACAAGGUUAAUAAGUCCCCGAAGCUACCACGGAGACGGGGUCCUUCUCCUGCUCGAUCAGAGAGAGAGCAUGUCAUUAGAUCAAAAAGGUCCUCACAGACCAACCCUAAUGCCAAUAACAACAACAACAACAACAACAACAACAACCGUGUGGAAAUCAUUGAGGCGACUCCAAAUGCUGGUGGAGAGGCAGAGGAUAAACCCGAGGAAGAACCUCCAUUUGUUGUAGAGUCAGAGCCUGAAAUUGACAGAUCUGUCUUCAGAGGUGCUAAAAGCUUGCCAUGUGGAGGUCACACAGUCAUCCUAGAAGACCUCCAGGACUAUGUCCCACAAGAUGGGGAGGCCUACGGGAGAGAUGAAGCCCCGUCUACCUUGGAUGUGACUCCCUGUGAGGUUUCUGUCAUACAGAGAGACAUCAGCGAGCCCACUGUUGGUCAGCCUGUGAUAUUGAACCUCAGGUGGCCUGUGGCUAAGCCUAAGCCCAACAUAGGUUUCUUCAGCCGCUUCAGAGAGCAUCUCUCAGGCGUCCUCUUUACCUCUGGACCACCCACAUCCAGAAACCAAGAGGAACAGCGCUGCCACAGGAGUAGCGCUUGUGCCUCCGGUCAGCUCACUCGCACCGUAGAGGCAUGCGAGAGCCACAUUAACCUGGAGAUCAAACCUCUUUAUUGUUCUGAAAUCCAAAAGAAUGUCAAGGAUAACCAGAUGAGCUUUAAGACUCAAGUGUCUGCACAUACUCGUGGAGCUGUUGGCGAAAAAGUGCCUUUUCAGAUGAUCAAGACAAAUCUGAAUCAGAAGCCUUAGCCCCGGGAGUCAGUCAGUUGAAAUGCGUUUGUAGGGUUCUCUAUUGCAGGGUCAGAGAUCACAUAUCAGGACUCACAGUAGCCCUUUUAGUCUUAACAGGGAACAUCUCUGUAAACUCUACUUUGAAGGGCAUAUUUUGACCUGUAGUUUGCUCCAAAAGGCAUAUCAUUCCAUUUCAUGCAGCAGACCUUAAGAAAAUCUACUUAUUUUGGGCCCCCUUUAAUUCCUCCGUGUUCAAAAGGCCCCGUGUCAGCUACCAGCUACCACGCUGUCCGUCAUGAGUAUUGGGUUAGGGUUUGAGUAUGUCUGGAGAAUAAAUCAGGGGAAAAGGUAGUUUAUUGCAGUAUACACAGGUCCUUAGUCCUCAACAUCUUGCAAAAUGGAAACAAUUGAUAGUACUAGGUAAACAGAAAUGACAGCUUUGGAAUGAUUGGCUGUCAAGGAAUUGUACUUAUUUAGGACUGUUGUGAUACAGUUGCACAGCUAAAUGCUGUUGUACUACAGAACACAGUUUGCUUUUUUUUCUCUAAAAUCAACUCUGGAGAAGAUAAAUGGUAAAUAAAACGACAUUAUCUGAGCGUGGGUGCAAACAUCUGAAUUGAAGUGUUAUUGUAUUAAUAUACACACCGGUUCUGAACCUGGGUGUUUUGAACACUCCUGAUCUUUCAGACUUCAACAAAUCCAAUCAGUAUUCAGUGUCCCAUAGACUCUGUUUCCAGACUAUUAUAAAUGUGUCUUCAUAGAAUGAGCGCCUUAAAUCAAUCAUAAUAUGUUGCUCAUGUAAACCAAGAAGAAAGUUUGAAAAUACAAUGAAAUUUACAUUUAGGUGGGUGACUUAAAUGUCUGUUUUAUUUUUUUUUCAGAAACAAGGCCUUUUAUGUGUCAUACCAUUGUAUUAAGGUUUGGGCUUGCCAAGGCAAAUAUUUACGAUAGCUAAGAACCACACUGGGGCAUGUUAUCAUACACUGCACUUCAUGCUCAAAAUGAGGAAGUUUUUAUGUGUGAACAUUUUUACCCAAAGUGAAAGUAGAACCAGAGAAAUAGUUUGUGAUUAAUUUAGUGCAACAGAGUAUUGGGUGGAGAAACACUGUGACGACGAUUGCAGUGAAAUCUCAGUGAUUUUAGAUUAUUUAUUUUAAAAACAUGCUUUAAAGAUUUGAAUGUAUGCAUAUCAUUUUAUUUAGUUACAGUUGUUGAUGAUAUUUAUGUAGACACCAUUGCCAAUCUCCACUAUGUCCUAACCAUUGGUGUGUGUGCACUCUUGCUUGUUUUAUUGUAUUUUCUUUUACUGGAUCAAAUUAGGACAACCUGAGUGCCUGUGAGUAAGUAGCUGUAAAUGAAGAUUUGCUCGUGUUGGAGUUUUGAGUAAUAAAUAUCUUGCAUUCAUUCAUCA